AUGAUUCGUGACCUGUGGAGGCUUUCCAAUCUUGUCAUCAGGUCUGAACUUUGGGAAACACGCAACAGGGCAGUCUUUCAACGUCAACAACCAAGCUGGAGUUUAUUUUUCAAGAGGGUGGUGAAGAUGAUUCAAGUGUAUUCAGUCUGUCUUAGGGCAUAUAUGCGAAAUUGUGCUGAAGAUGUUUUGCUUCUUGAUUAUUUUCGAGUGAUCCAUAGGAGUGUCAGGCAUCAUCAACCGGUGGAGGUUUUUUGCCAACCUCCAGACGUUAAUGAGCUACAAAGUUGUGAUGGCGCGGGGCGGGGUAAUCCAGGCGUUGCAGGAAAGGGAGUGGUGGCAAGAGACGUUAAUUGUUCAGUUCUUGGAGUUAUGAGUAUCGGCCUUGGAGUUACCUCAAACUAUUUGGCAGAACUUUAUGGAAUUAUUGUUGGUUUGGAAUGGGAAAUGCAAUGGGGUUUUGAGCGUAUUUGUGUGCGGUCAGAUUCUUUUGGCGUGGUAGAAGCUUUCAAAAGUUCUUCCAUCCCUUGGUUUGCAAGGAACAGAUGGAUGGAAAUUUGUAGGCAUUAUGAAUCUAUAAGGUUCAUUCACACUUUUAGGGAGGCGAAUUUUGCAGCGGAUAAAAUGGCUAAGCGUGGUUGUCUUCUUUCUAAUGAAGUGAAAGUGCAUUAUGAUGGAAGACCACCUUUUUUAAAUUUUGUUGAAUAUACAAAUGUUUCUUAUUAUAGUUUCAAGUAG